AUGUUGGUUUCCCUAACAGUUGGCAAGGUUGACGCCGGUGUCGCGGUGCUCCUUACUCAAGACAAUCGACUCAUUGAAUUCCCCUCAGUUCUUCUUCCAAACAACAUUAGCUCAGGCAGCAUUGUUGAUAUCACCGUUUCGCGCAACCAUGCGGCUGAAGCAGCGAGCGCAUCUGCCUUCCAAUCCCUCCAGAAGCGAAUCCUAAAUACCUACGGUGUCAAGGCCCCGUCGCCACCAGUUCUGCGCCUGCGAAAUGCAACCCAAACCUCGCUCGUCCUCGAGUGGGACCCAAUCGACCUAGCCACUGCAUCCCUGAAAUCACUCUCCCUCUACCGCAAUGGCUCCAAGGCCGGCUCCAUACCCCGCCCGCUCGAGACACGUAGCACAAAAAUCAGCGGUCUGGCGAUUCACUCCGAGUACUCCUUCCAUCUGGUCCUGCGGACCACCGCAGGCACCUACCAGUCGGAGAAGCUGACGUGUCGUACACACAAGAUGACCGACCUGUCCGGUAUCACUGUCACAACGGGCAUCCUCGAUCCGCAGCAGAAGGAGGCUCUGGGUGCUGCAUUGGACCGUAUUGGAGGCAAGAUGAUUGACACAGUCCGUAUCGAUACCACUCACUUCGUCUGCACGGAAGGACGGGGCGCGCAGUGGGAGAAGGCUGUGGAGAUGAACAUUCCUGUCGUGGUGCCGGAGUGGGUGGAUGCUUGUGAGACAGAGGGAACCAUUGCUGGUGUGCGUGGCUACUAUCUCAACGCAGACCCCAAAGCCCGUCAACUCGGCGUGAUCCACGGCUCGUCCCAUCAGCGUACUACUUCUACUAUUUCGUCUGCAACUGCCAACCAGGGAAGACCUAGCACUCAGCCCCAACGGAGCCCUGCACAAGAGCCGGUGCCCGAGGAGCCCCCUCUGACCCCAUUCCCUGGAGGUGAGACGAGUAGCCAACCCCAGGCGCAGGCGCAGACACAGGAGGUUGGAUCACAAGAUGACGAAGACGACCUCCCACCCCCUCCGCCCCCGCCCAAGGAUGAAGCUGAAGAUGCAAAUGAAUCUACACGGAAUGGCGAGGCAGAAGUGACAUCUACUCCAGAAGAGAAGAGCGAGGAGCCUGAAGCUGAAGUCGCAGGGAGCGAUAAGGAGACAGACAAAGAGCAAACCCUUCCACAGCACAGGCCCGAGGAUGAUUCCGAGUCAGCAACCACCGGAGAUGUAAAGGGCAAAGGUAAAGAGACUGAAGGUGACUUCAACGAAGUGCCUCUCUGA